AUCAUUUGGGGGUUUGUUAAAUCAUAUUCCAAUGGAGACAUUAUUCUAACUUAUCACACUCCGCAUCAAGUAAUAAUGUUUAACUACUCCACAUGCAUGGUUCCUUCAACAAGAAAAUCUUCUUUAGUUUAGCUCAAGAUUUUUAUACAAAAAUGGACAGAGUUUAUGUUAUCCAGGUUUGGAAAGAUUAAUCAAUUUGGUGGAUUAGGAAGGUUGAAUGCAUAGGUCCAUAAAGAAUACCCUUUCAUGCAAAGUCUAUGAAAUUAUAUAAUAAUAUUAUAGAAGGGCGAGGGAUACCUUUAGCAAGUACAAGGACCUUAUCAUAACCACUACAUGUCCCAAAUGCAUGCACUAUAUAUACACCGAGUGAUUACUCGUAACACUCACACUAUAUAAUUCUUACGCCCCAAGAAACUCAACACUAUAUAAUUCUUACGUCCCAAGAAACUCAACACUCAACAUAGCCCUACGUUUCUGCACAAGAAACCUAAAACACCUUCAAGAAUUGACGAAAAUGAAGUCAGGUCAGGCUGAAAUCGUGGAAACAAGCAAAGCUAUUCAAAAGAGCGGUUUGAUGAGCAGAAGAAAUGCGAUUCUCGAGUUUAUCCUCAGGAUUGUAGCCUUUUUCAACACCAUAACCAGUGCAAUCCUCAUGGCAACCACUAACGAAACUCUGCCUUUCUUUGCUCAAUUCAUACGGUUCCAUGCCGAAUACAGCGAUCUUCCAGCCUUAACGUUCUUUGUGAUUGCAAAUGCUGUUGUAAGUGGUUACCUCAUCUUGUCUUUACCUCUGGCCUUUGUACACAUCGUCAAGAGCAAGACUCAGAACAGUAGAGUUCUUCUUAUCAUCCUUGAUGUGGCAAUGUUGGGUCUUCUAACAGCUGGAGCAUCCUCAGCAGCAGCUAUUGUCUACUUGGCACACAAAGGGAACAACAACACAAACUGGUUUUCUAUUUGUCAACAGUUCAACUCCUUCUGUGAGCGUAUCUCAGGGUCUUUGAUUGGAUCUUUCGUUGCCGUUUUCCUCCUCAUUCUUCUCAUUCUCCUCUCGGCUAUUGCUCUCUCCCGACGCCACUAAAGACCUGGUCUUAACAUAAUAUACAAGUUUUCUUUUAAGAAAUACAUGAUUUAGUGUGUACAAAUGUGAAAUUCAGCUUUCCCUCGUCUGUCCUCUGCAUUUGUGGUUUUUUUCUCAUAUCCAUUGUAAUUUUCUAAGUGGUUUAUGUAACGGGUGACUGUUGUGUGUGUGUUUAUUAACCAUCAGUUAUCACAAUAUCUUAUUUUCUUUUUCAGUAUAUAUAAUCUAUGCUAAAUCCAUAUUCAUGAAAUUAACAUAAUAGCUGAUGAUGACAAGACAAAUCCAAUUUUUA